GUCUACUACCAGUAGUUAGUAAUGUACCUAGUUUACGUCAAUUCAGCUAUGGAAAUUAUUUAUCGAUAAGACAGCUAGACGCGUUUAUCUUAUCAGCCCAACCGUGAAGCUCGGCCUUCCUUUUAGAAUAUCAACAUCUUUCGUCUUUUGUCUUUCACCUUUCGCAACUUUCAACACACCUCAAUACUGACAACUCAUCCAUCCUGUCAAGAUGGCUCCCGCACAGCCAGAACUGAAGAAGUACCUCGACAAGAGACUAUUUGUCCAAUUGAACGGCAGCCGCAAGGUUCUUGGUAUACUUCGUGGUUACGAUGUAUUCUUGAACAUUGUCCUCGAUGACGCCGUUGAAGAGAAGGAUGGCGGCGAGAAAGUUAGGCUCGGCAUGGUCGUCAUCCGCGGUAACUCCGUCGUUAUGCUAGAGGCCCUCGAGAGAAUUGGCGGUGAUCGCGACAAAUGAAAUCAUCACGACUUGGGAUUGAUGAAUAUCUGUGCGACGUCUAAGUUGAUACCCGUAUAAAACUAAGGCAAUGGGGUGUUUUGUGUUGCUUGAGACACAUGAUUUUGCAAAAGGCGUUUUGACGGAUGGAAAAAAGAGCCUGCGAAGGAACUUUUGUCUUUCGAUGGACAUAGUUCAGCAGUCAGAGUCUGCCAAAGGAAUUGAUUCCCUUUUGAGAAGCCCAGUCUAUAGCCAGGGGAAGCUUGGGCUACAGUCUUGCGCUGUUAUGCCAUUCACCAGGAAAAUACAAAGUCAAGACAAUAAUCCCCCUUCUCUCUUUUUCUAUUGUGCAAUGAGUCCUCAAUUGACUGUCAAUGAUAC